AUGAACUCCAAAUCGGAGCGAACAAAGCAAACUCUGGUUUCACACACUAAAACACAAAGCUGGCUUACAAACUUUAUACGGAAUGAGCUGAAGGAAUAUCACUUUAUUACUACGAAGCCAAUUUCGCAGCAGCGUACGAAGGCUCAAGAUGAGCAUACAGUUCUAAAGUGGUUUCAAGAGUACGGCUGGUUUAUACUAGAGCAUGGUAUAAAAUCACAGUCAAUCUGGAAUAUGGAUGAAACUGUCUUUCGGGUUGGGAUUCCAGGUGGAGAGCGUGUAAUUGUGCCACGAGCUGCAAAGGAGCUCUACACCCCAUCAUGA